AUGGACGUCGACGCCUUCGUCGCGGCGAGCGACGCGUACCCGAUCCCGACGUCCCCCGACGGCGCGCCCAUCCGGUUCUCCUACGGCACCGCCGGCUUCCGCACCCGGGGCGAUGUGCUCGCGUCCACCGUGUUCCGCUGCGGAGCGGUCGCGGCGGUGCGAUCGGCGGUGACCGGCCGCGCCACCGGCAUCGUGGUCACCGCGAGCCACAACCCCGAGCGCGACAACGGCGUCAAGCUGGUCGACUGCGACGGUGGGAUGCUCCCGGUGGCGUGGGAGCGGCACGCGGAGGCGCUCGCCAACGCUCCGGGGUGGGACGCGAUGCGAGCCGCGAUCGCGACGAUGCGAACGCCCGCCGAGGCGCACCUCCCGAAGCACGCGCAUCCCCCGGCACACGCCGCGGACCCGCCCCCGCCGCACGUCUUCCUCGCGAGGGACACCCGGCCCACCGGCCCGGCGCUCGCGGCGGCGGCCAAAGCCGGCGCGGAGGCCAUCGGCGCCUCCGUCACCGACCUCGGGCUCAUGACCACCCCGCAGCUCCACUACGUCGUGUACGCGUCGCAUCGAGGAUGGCCGAGCGCCGAGGCGGAUUACUUCGCGAGGCUCGCGCGCGGGUUCCGUCGCAUGGUCGCCGGGGGAACGAACGACGACGACGAACGACGGUCCAUCGUCGUGGACUGCGCCAACGGCGUGGGCGCCGCGAAGCUCGCCGCCCUCGCGGAAGCCAUCGGACAAUCAUCUUCCGACGGCUGUGUCUUGUCGAUGGAUCUUCGCAACGUCGCGGGCGAGUCGGGGUCGCUGAACAAUUCGGUGGGUGCGGAUUACGUCCAGAAGGAGAAACGCGCCCCCGCGCACGGCUCGUUCGAGACGUUGGGACCGUCGCAGCGCUGCGUCAGCGUCGACGGCGACGCCGACAGGCUCGUGUACUUUCGGAAGAAGCCGGACGGCUCGAACGAAAACUCGGUGGAGCUCUUCGACGGCGACAAGAUCGCCGCGCUCGUGGCGACGCGCGUCGCGGACCUGCUGAGACGAUGCGCCCCCUUGAACGCGUUCGACCACCCGCCCCUGCGCGUGGGCGUCGUGCAGACCGCGUACGCCAACGGCGCGUCCACCGCGUACAUAACGAACGUCCUCGGCGUCGAAUGCGCGUGCGCCAACACGGGGGUUAAGUUUUUACACCCCGAGGCGGAAAAGUUCGACGUUGGGGUCUACUUCGAGGCGAACGGCCACGGCACCGCGGUGUUCUCCGACGCGACGAUCGAACGCAUUGACGCCGCGAUCGAACGCGUUGACGCCGGGGCGGACGGCGGGGGCCGUUCAUCGAUCGAACAAUGCACCGACGCCGUCGCCGCGCUGCGCGAGCUCAAGGCGAUGACGGAAGCCAUCAACCCCGCUGUCGGGGAUGCGCUGUCGGGGAUACUGGUCGUCGAGGCGGUGCUCCUCGCCAAGGGAUGGGGCCUCACCGAAUGGGGCAACAUGUACGCGGACCUUCCCUCGAGGCAGGUGAAGGUGACGGUGUUGGACCGGAGCGUCAUCUCCGUCACGAACGCGGAGCGAGUGGCGGUGACGCCCGCCGGGAUGCAGGCGGCCAUCGACCAAGCCGUGGGGAGGCACGGCGCGCACGCCAGGGCGUUCGCGCGGCCCAGCGGGACGGAGGACAUCGUGAGGGUGUACGCGGAGGCGGCGACGGAGGCUGGGGCGGCGGAGCUGGCGAGGGAGGUGUGCGGGAUCGUUUACGACUUCGCGGGAGGAGUCGGGGACAGGCCGUGA